CCGCAACUCUCUCUUCACGCGGCUCGGUCCAUCCUCCAAUACAUCGAAAACAUCGUCUUCGACGAACCUCGUCGUAUUUUCGAUGUUUUUCUGACUUCCAGGCUUCAGCAAUCCCGAAGAAUUUGGUGGCCCAUUGACGUGCGAUGGGCGCCACGGAGAAACGAGCGAGAUGGUGGAACCCUGAUAUAUUAUCAUAUUUUGUUGCAGGAGGUAUUGCGGGUGCUGCGUCUCGGACUGUCGUGAGUCCACUCGAGAGGUUGAAAAUUAUCCAGCAAGUACAGCCCAUAACACGGGACGGGCAGUACAGGGGAGUGUGGCGUAGUCUUGUACGUAUGUGGAAAGAAGAAGGUUUCAAGGGCUACAUGAGAGGGAAUGGAAUCAAUUGCUUGCGCAUAGUGCCGUACAGCGCUGUCCAAUUCACAACCUAUGAACAGUUAAAAAAAUUCUUCACUUGUUACGGUGCAAAGGAGCUGGAUACCCCCAAGCGACUGGCAAGCGGCGCUCUGGCAGGUGUAACAUCAGUUUGCUCCACGUACCCUCUGGACCUUGUUCGUGCACGAUUGUCUAUAGCAACAGCUAGCAUACCCGUGCAGAGCAUGUCACUUUCCAAGCUUGACACCAGCACCUACGGCAUGGAGAGACGGUCACACGCAGUCUCUACGUCACGGGCCAUUUACAAGGAAGCAGAUUUGUCGAUGGUUGGCAUGACCAUUAAAAUCAUACGUGAGGAGGGAGGCGUGCAUGCCUUGUACCGUGGCUUAGUACCCACGGCACUGGGUGUUGCCCCGUACGUUGGGAUUAAUUUUGCUGCGUAUGAAGCAUUUCGCGGGAUAAUCACACCGCCAGGGAAAGACACUAUUGGAAGGAAGUUGUUAUGCGGAGCUUUAGCUGGAUCGAUAUCGCAGACCCUCACAUACCCAUUCGACGUGUUGAGGAGGAGGAUGCAAGUUGUUGGAAUGUCAUCUGGAGGUCUAGGGUAUAAGUACAAGGGAGCUUUGGAUGCGUUGAUGACCAUCGCUCGCACCGAAGGCCUGCGUGGGCUGUACCGGGGUCUCUGGCCUAACCUUCUGAAAGUUGCGCCUAGCGUAGCUACGUCGUUUUUUACUUAUGAGUUUGUGAAAGAGUACCUCAUUGCUUGCUGAGGAAGGCAUGAAUCAGAGUAGCCUGAGAAUG